CUUCAAGUCCGCAACUCCAAGUGUCAUCAUCCGUCCACCCAUCUCGCUUCAACCGCGCCAAGUUCUUUAUCCAAACACGAUAGCGCUCUGUGAAUGAUAAUUUAGUAAAGCAGAUUCUUGUUUGCUUGCGCCUGUGGCUUCUAUCACUAAGUUUAUCCUUCAUAGCUUGUACCAGCAUUUUUCUGCUGUGUCGUUGCUUAGGCGGCGACAACCUGCUAAGCAUGCCCUCGAAACGCGGUCUUGGCUGGCCAUGGGACUACCCGGCAUCCCACUUCCCCGUUUACACCUCUUGUGAUAGGAUAACUUGGCUCUUCAAUUGGGAGCUCUGGGUUCCACCGGGACUUCCCGGCUCCAUAGAAUGGGUACCCUGUGUGCGCACCGCUGCACAAGCAAAAGAUAUAAUGCCAUUCCUCUCCGACAUCAUCGGCAACAAAAAAGCGAAUGUCAGUUACUUACUGGGGUUCAACGAGCCUGAGAUACCGGAUCAAGCGAAUUUAAGCGUUGAAGAAGCAGUCAAGUUGUGGAGACAGGUUGUUCUACCAGCGAAGAGCAAAUUCGGACUUAAGCUGGGCAGUCCUGGGGUGAGCAGUGACGUAGGAAGGAGUAAACCGUGGCUUGACCGGUUUUUUGGGCAGCUGGAGGGUGAUGCUCAGGUAGACUUUCUGGUCGUACAUUGGUACGGCCCACGGUUUACAGAUUUCAAGACAUACCUUGAGGAUAUGCAUACUACUUAUAAACUGCCUCUGUGGGUUAAUGAGUUUGCAUGUUCUACGAUGGGGAAUGGCGAGGUCAGCGAGCAGGAUGUAGAGGCGUUUAUGAAAGAAGCGUUGCCGUGGCUGGAUGGGUGUGAAUGGGUUGAGCGGUAUGCAUACUUUGGUAACGGGCAGGGAAAGACGGUUGGGCCCUGGGUGGGGAAGAAGAACGAUUUCUGUGAGAUGAGUGAAGAUUGUGAGGGGAGUGAUGGAAGGAAGUUGACUGGUGUUGGGAGGCUAUAUGCUGAACUGUAACAUUGAGUCCAGAAAUAGUGAAACUAAGGCGCAUUCACCCCGGUGACUUCCUAAAUAUCCAGGCAUCUUCUGGUUGAAUUCUGGACCUAACUGGGAUACCACGAGACAAUGCACAA